GCUCGGUGCUGCCUCGAUUCCGAUUCACGCCCGCCCGAGCUACAUUCAAGAACAACAUCACAAGAUGUACAAUCCAUCAACGAGUCUGCCUCUACCUGCACACUAUCGGAAUUCGAAAAGUCACUUUCAGCUCUUUGGCGGCAAAGUCUUCCGCUACAGUUCUAGACUACACUCUUGCCGCUAUCCAACAGGAAGUGUCAAGGUUGUUAGGCACGCUGCAUGACUUCGUGGGGCUGGCUGAGGCUGACAGCCAAGCUGAGGCGGUCCGGCUAUGCGGUGUGACUAUGAAUCCCCCCCUUAGAUAUAUAUAGCUGCUGGAUUCUGCUCUCGCUGCUUCGUCUUCACACUGAUCAACCCCUCCAGCUGCAGCCAACAUGAACGUCACACUCGCCAUUUUCGCAUCAGCUGUCUGCGCUCUAUCACAGAGUUUUGAGCCGGCAAACUUCAACAUCACAAAAGCUUUGCUGGACAAUGGCGUCGAGGCGUCCGCAAUUCCCAAAAUUUCAGAUCUGGCGGAUCGCUCAGCAUUCAGCGGUUGUUCGGCAGCGUGCGCCUCCCUCAAGCUCACGUUCGGCUCUAAGAUAGUCGCUGAAGGCGCUUCGGGAUAUGACGAUUUCAGCAAAAGCUACUGGUCUCAGCAGCAGGAACAAGUCAGCCCAAACUGCGUCUUCUACCCUACAAAAGCCUUGGACGUCUCAACAAUGGUCCUUGUGUCACGCCUCACAAAGUGUCCCUUUGCUGCCAAAAGUGGAGGUCACGCAUCUUUCGCGGGUGCUUCGAACAUCGAGGGUGGCAUCACUGUCACCUUCCAGAAUAUGAAGGGUGUCACGUUCUCAAAGACUAAGAAGACAGUGGACGUUCAGCCAGGUAACGUUUGGAAGGAUGUGUAUACCUCACUCCAGAGUGAUAACGUUGCUGUUGUCGGUGGCCGUGUAGCCUCAGUCGGCGUCGGCGGUCUCACUACUGGUGGCGGCAUCAGUUUCUUUGCUAAUGAGCUCGGUUGGGCCUGCGACAAUAUCGAGUCCUACGAAGUAGUGACCGCCUCUGGUGUCAUCGUCACUGCGUCCCUGUCUUCGUACGCUGAUCUCUACUGGGCCCUUCGUGGCGGAGGAAACAACUUCGGGCUUGUGACCAGCUUUAAGAUGCGCACGUUUCCCUUAGGCAAGAUGUGGGGAGGUGACCGUGUCCUCCUCGAGCCACAGAUCCCCGCCGCAAUCGAUGCCUUCGUCACCUUAGGCAAGAACUCUGCUAAAGACACAAAGGCGGCGCAAAUCCUAUCGUUCGCCAUCCUAGGGGGCGAAAAGUUUGCAUUCGCACAACUCGAAUACGCAGAACCCAACGCCAACGCUCCCAUCUUCAGCGAGUGGAACAAGAUCUCCGCUGCGCAGGACAACAUCGGCAUCUUCACACUCGCCGAGCUCACAGAAAAGCUAGACGUCGUAAGCCCGUUCGGUCUGCGACAAAGCUUCUGGACGCAGACAGCCAAGCUGGACAAAGACCUCGUCAACUUUAUCCUCAACGUCUUCUACGAGGAGCACGAGAAGGUAGCUGAUAUCAAGGACUUACUCAACCCCUUGUCGCUGCAAGUCAUCACCGUCCCACAGAUGCAGAAGAUGCGGCAAAACGGCGGCAACGCUCUGAAUCUCGAUCCGAGUCAGGGACCGCUGUUGCUGUUCAACCCGGCGCCUACGUGGACCGACGCAGCGGACGACGAUCGCGUCAACAGAAUGAUCGACGCCAUGUUCAAGCGUACUGCUGCCGAGGCGGAAAAGAGGGGACUGGCGAGUAAGUACAUCUACAUGAACUAUGGGAGCAAGUAUCAGGAUGUUAUCGCCAGCUAUGGGAGUGCGAAUAAGGCGAGGCUCAAGAGCAUUGCGAGGAAGUAUGAUCCAAAGCAGGUGUUUCAGAAGCUGCAGCCGGGGUACUUCAAGUUGGAAGGGGCGCCCGCGAAAUUAUCUUGAGCAGAUGAAGACAUAACAUAUCCCUUUUUACCAAGCCGGUAAUGCAGAACUACCACUGACCUCGAUGACGCUGGUGCCUCCCAAGAUUAAUUCUGCCUCCGCACCAGAGACUUGUUUCACGGCCUAGGAUGGCAUUUUGCGUCACCUUCAACUAUCACAGAUUUUUUCCCGGGGGGUACCAUCACUUCGUCCACAAACGCACCCUUUCUGU